GAUCCGUGCACUCACCCGUGCUGAUCUCUUACAUCGAGAAUCACCGCUAUUCUCGACCCACAGACUAAAAUAGGGGCAGCAGCCCGGGCAUCUGCCCACAAAGCUUGCGGACACACUGGGCAGAUCAUGAAAGUAUGAUCGAAAUUCGGAGAGGAAUUAAUGUAAACAAAAGGGCAGAUGAAAUUGAAGCAUUACCUCACCUUUCUGCACUGUCUGUAUAUUGUACUUGUACACGCUUCCUGUAUUCUCGCAAAGUUUGCUGGGUGUUCUUACAUCAAAUUCGCCCACUCCAUUCUGCAGACAGCUGAAGAGGAAGUCAGUCCGGAAUUCGGACCCGUGUAUGAUAUAAACGCCUUAACAUUCUUGCACCUCACAAGACGGGCACACGCUUAAUAUGAGACCAGAUUACUCGGCA